AUGAGACGAAAAAGGAUGGGUCCCUCGCUAGCACAGCAGGAGUCUCCUGCGCUGAGGAAAAUUAUUUUCUCAAACCUCUCCAGGCUGCAGUUCCCAUUCUCUCGCCUACACGGGCCGGAGGGGCCAGGCGUGGGCGUGAGAGCUCGGCGGGACUCCGGGCGGCAGUCCAGGCGGGAGGUGCGGGGGCGCCGGUCUCGCGGUUCCGGGUCCCGUGAGCCGGGCGGUGCAGGCCGCGCGCGGGCUCCGCCUCCAGCCCUCCCGGCACCGCCCCGGCCCCUCCUCCUCCUCCGGGCGUCCCCGGGCGCCGGCAACGAUCCCGACUGCGGCGCGCGAGCCCCCGCCAUGCGAGCCGUGGGCCUGGCUGCGCGCCCGGCGCUGGCGCUGAUGCUGCUCCUGGCCGGGGCUGGAUUGUCAGCCGCCGCCGAACCCCGAGCCCCGCCGCUCUUCAACGUGAGCCUAGACGCGGCCCCCGAGCUGCGCUGGCUGCCGGUGCUGCGGCACUUCGACGAGGACUACUUGCGCGCCGCGUUUGCGCAAAUCCUUGGGGAUACGGUCCCCAAAUGGAUCCACGCGUUGAUCCGAAAGGCAGUCGGGGAGCUGGAGCGCUUCCUACCCCAGCCCUUCGCCGACGAGAUUCGCGGCGUGUGCGACGCCCUCAACUUCAACCUGGCGGACUGCCUGCUCCUCAACCUGGCCUACGAGUCCACCGCAUUCUGCACCAGUAUUGUGGCUCAAGACUCCAGAGGCCACAUUUACCAUGGCCGGAAUCUGGAUUACCCUUUUGGAUAUUUCUUACGCAACUUGACCGUUGAUGUGCAGUUCUUAAAGAAUGGGCAGGUUGCAUUCACAGGAACCACUUUUGUUGGCUAUGUAGGAUUAUGGACUGGUCAGAGUCCACACAAAUUUACAGUUUCGGGCGAUGAACGAGAGAAAGGCUGGUGGUGGGAGAAUGUGAUCGCUGCCCUUUUCCAGAGACACUCUCUGGUCAGCUGGCUUAUCCGCACUACCCUGAGUGAGUCGGAGAACUUUGAAGCGGCUGUUUACCGAUUGGCCAAGACUCCCCUUAUUGCUGAUGUUUAUUACAUUGUUGGCGGUACGUUCCCCCGGGAGGGGGUGGUCAUCACGAGGAACAGAGAUGGCCCGAUGGACAUUUGGCCUCUAGAUCCUUUAAAUGGAGCGUGGUUCCGAGUUGAGACAAAUUAUGACCACUGGAAGCCAGUGCCUAAGAGCGAUGACCGAAGAACACCUGCCAUCAAAGCCCUUAAUGCCACUGGCCAGGCGAACCUCAGCCUGGACACGCUCUUCCAGGUUUUGUCAGUGUUCCCGGUUUAUAACAACUGCACAAUUUAUACUACGGUAAUGAGUGCUGCCAACCCAGACAAGUACAUGACGAGGAUCCGAAACCUGGGUUGAAAAUUAUUUUUAAAAAAUUAAACCUUGAAGAGUUGCACCUUAAAAAAUAGAACAACAUGAAAGAAUUGUAUUAUUUUGUGAACAAUACAAGCUCCUUCAUUAAAUUUCUCAACCUUGUGAAGUGGGGGCAGGAGGUCACUUUGGAGCUUAUUUUGGUAAAGUGGGUAUUAGAUGUCUUGCCUUCGCUUCCUUCUAUGAUUUGCCUUGAUGCUAUCUAAGCUUCAUCCUGGCUGGAACAACUAAAAGAUAAUUUUCUGAGAUCUUUAUUCCCAGCUUCUCACAAUAACAUAUAGCUGUGUUGUCAGACCUCAACUCACAAAUGAGCUGACAAUGCCUCUUUAUUCAUUAUGAAGUUUUUCUGGCAGAGUCUUUUAAAAAAAAAAAGAUUCUUCUAAAAGAAAUCGAGAAACUGUAGUUGAAUAGAGCCUGUUGGAAUGUUUGUUAGUCUGACUUUUGAUCAUGUAUUUACAUAUGAUGUGAUUCUCCUUUUUUAUGUUUCUAAUUUUAAAAAAUUGGAUGGAUCUCCUUUUUUGAAAUAGUUACUUGCUUACUACUUUUUGAAAGCAAUAUGAAACCAAAUUAUUUCUGAUUGUCAUUAGUUAAUAACAUGUUGAAGGAGAUGUUGGCAAGGAGAAUAAGAACUUUUCCAAUAUAUAUAGUGUGGUGUUUUCCAUAAGUUUGUGCCUCGAAGUUGUGUGGUUCUGAGGAGCUCUCAGAAUGUCCUGAUAAACAGCUCUCAUCAAUGUGAAGUUGUAAGUAUCAGUACUCAAAGGAGUGCUCAGCUGCUUUGCUGAAUUCUUUUUUUUUCACAUCAUAUAUGAAAGAAAAUUCUUUGAGCAUGAGGUCAGAAAAGGUUAAAAGCAUGGACAAUGGAGCUGAUUGGAUGUUCUUGUUUAAUGUACCAGCACAACAAAGGAAAAUGAAAUGUCUAGAGGGAAAUAUUAGGCAGGUAGAAGUCAUCCUCGCCCCACCAUACUGCACACUCUCUUGCGGCCCCAUUCAUAUUUCUCCUUGGACAAUGUUGGGUCAACGUUGUUAAAUUUCUGUCAUCCAGUGCCUUUUUUAAAAUCAAAUAUCAAGAAUAGUUUACUCUGUCAAACAUGUUAUAAUAUGAUUAAGUCUUAAAAUUUCUACUCAUUAGUUACAUUCUAUUCUUGUUUCCUUGAAAAUACACCGUGAAGCUUGGAUGGAAAUUUUAACUAGGCAAAGUGAAGACACUGAGGGCCAGGAAGCAGGCAGGUGAUUUAAGUAAUCUAAACCUGGGGUUGCUUUUAAGAUCUUUGGGCCAUGUGGUGUCACUACAAGGCCCCUAGAUGUAAAUUUCUUUUUAUUUAGCCUGCUUGGGAUUGGUUGUGCUCUCCAAAAUUAAAAUCUAUUUCUUUUAUUCAAUUUUGGAAAAUGUUCAGUUAUCAUCUCUCCAGGAAAUGUUCCCCUACAUUUUCUUGCAUCUUUUCUCCUGAAAUCCAAGUAUGUGUGUUGUACCUUCUUCCAUCCUUGUAGGCUCUUAGCCCCUCUGGUAUUUUAGGAGGGGUAGACAAGUGAAGAGGUGGACUUCUUUCACAAUGUUCUAUUCCAGGUAAUUUCUUAGAUUUUUUUUUUUCAGUAAAAUACAGAACAUUUCUUCAAUGGAUUUAUUCAGUUUUUAGUAUCAAGCAUAAUAUUUCUAUUUUAGAUGGUCUGGUACUUUUUUUAUUCUGCUUUGAUCUUUUUUUGAUAGCAUCUUGUUCCUUGCUUUGAUCUUUUGGUAAACUUCUUAACCCAUAUAUAUAUAUAUACGGCUUCACACACACACACACACACACACACACACAUACAUACAUACAUAUAUAUAUUUGUAUUCUGCCUCUAAAUUCCAUCAUCAAGUUCUCGAUGAUGUCCAGUUUUUCUGACUGUUCCCCAUGAAGAUUUCUGUGGUGUUUUAUGAUUUGGGGUUGUGUGCCUCUGGAAUCCUGGGCAGUGCAUGCUCGAGAGAGAGGGUAUGUGUUUGUUAAUUUCUCAGCCAUCUUGUGGUUUCUUUAUGCUAGCACUGGACUAGCAUAAAUCUAAGCCUCAAUUUGUAUUGUGCAAGGGCAGGCCUGUGGUUACAAUCCACAGAGAAGAGCCCUGCCCUCUGCACAGACAGACCUUUUCAGCUCUUUAUCGUGUGUAUUCAAGUUCUUGUCCCUUUAUCCUCCACCUCUCAAGGCAAUUGUCAAACACAGGUUCUAAAUUACUGGAACCAGCAGAUGUCCUUAGAGCCACAAUGGCUUCAGCGCCUGCUUAUCUCUAAGUUUCCUCUUUAUUCCCUCCUCUCCCUUUACUCCAUUGUCUCCAACUUUACUUCCUUACUUGCAAGCUCAAUUGAGUAUUAUGCACAUAAGAUGUUUAUCAUUUCUAGGAGGUAUGUAGUAGGAAUGCUUUUUAAGGAUAUUCAUCCCUUCGAAGUAACUAGAAAUCAAAGAGCUGUAUGUGAGAUUUUUAUUUUUUUAAGUUCAUCCUGUACAAGUAUGGAGAGUGCAUUGGUGGGGGCGGAUGAUGGAAAAGUGAAAACUAGUUAGGGCUGAGAUUAGAGUAGAACAGAUGAAAAAUUAAGAUGGAUUUCAAAACCUAGAAGUGACCUAAAUGACCAUCAAUAGAAGAAUGGAUAGAGAAAAUGUGGUCUGUACAUACAAUGGAACGUUAUUCAGCCUUUAAAGAAGGAAAUCCUCCAAUCUGUGACAACAGGGAUGAACCUCAAAGGCAUCCUACUAAGUAAAAUAAGCCAGUCCCAGCUGAGGUUGAUGGGGUUCAGGACAUGCUGCUGCAAAAUAUGGCACCUUGGUGAAUUGCAGAGUUUAAGGUGAAAGAGUUUGAGGAAACAGCAGAAGCAGGAAGGUCAUUCUGACCUUUCUCAUCAACCUUCUUCCCUGGAAGGGGUCCCAGACCCCUCAGGCAGAGGUGCCCUUCCUGCACUGGGAGGGCAGGAGCAUCCUUAUCUUCAAAGACAAAGGAAUACCACGAGGAAUCCUGCACACAGGGCUUGCUCAGUUUCCCCCCAUUUGCUACCUUUCCCUCACUUUCCUUUGCCUGCGAUAUUGCUCCGCAACUGUCCACCCUCCAGCAGACCUGGCAGGACCUACUCUGGUCUGACUCUUUGGGUCUUCAUUUCCUUCCUUAUGGUGGCUCCUUGUCACAGAAACUUAUUUUGAAUUAAUUGGGGUGCUUUUCUCCGGAAGCUCUGUCAGUUUAAUUUUCAAGGGUCCUAAGAGGGUCAAGGAAAACUACCCCCCUACAAGGUCUCUAGCAGAAAUCCGCAGAAGUCAGAGGCUAGGGACAGGGGACAUGGGAAGUUGCUAUUCAACAUGUAUAAACUUUAAAUUACACAAAAUGAGUUAAGUUCUAGAGACCUGCUGCUCCACAUCGUACCUGUAUAUUAUACUCGAGUGCAGUCAGCACAACUAUAUUUCAUACUUAAAAAUUUAAGAGGGCAGAGUUCCGUGUUGUUAUCACAAUAAAGUUUUUUAAAAAGCAAAUAUUUGAAGGUUUCUUAUGUGGAAAAUGAACACAAUUUGUUCUGUAGAUACACAUGGGGAGAAGCUAAGGACAUGGUGUAAGAAUAGAAAUAGGUUAGCAUAAGCAUAGCCAUCUUAAAGGCCUAGAAGCCAUUUCUGAGUAUGUGACUUAGAAAGAAAAACUGGAACUGGGUAAGGCCUUGAAAAACAAGCUAAUCAUGA